AUGGACGCCAUUCCUCCUCCAGUUCCUGCAAAGGCUUUUCCGCCUACCACACGUCCCCGAAAGCGUCGCUCCAUUUCCAGCACGCGGUCAGUUCCGAGAAAUCAUCAGCGUCGACCGAGCACUGCCGGGUCUGUGGCAAAUUCAUUUGUUGACCCUUCAACGCAACAACAGCAGCAACCGUUUGAUGCGCGAUACCAUCGUUUUCGAUCCCCGUUACAUCGACUUGGACAUGCACCGUUACUGAGAGUCUUUGUACCUUCGCCUGAAGGGAAUUGGUUAUCAGAUAACAAUGUCAUACGAUGCGAGGAGGAACUUCGUAAGGCCGGGAUCGUUCAUUUGCUCAAGACCGGUGAUGUUGUAUGGGAUGUAGCCGUCGGUGAAGAGGGAAAUGUCGGACGCUUGAUUUGGGAUGGGGCGUACUUAAUUGAUCUUGAUUAUUCCUACUCUUUGACCGGGGAGUUGCCGCCAUACGUCGACUCACUCUGUUUCCCUCCCUCGUAUUGGCAUAAGGUUCUUCGGAUUGCAGGCAACCCGAUCUGCUAUCUCGACAUUCGACCUUAUUCGCAGGAGAUAGCAAUGAAUAUCGCUUUGAUUCAAAGCCGUGUCCAAACAGAGACACCACAAGGUCAUUUACAUAAUGUCGUUCGCUGGAUUCACCGCUCGAGCUUCCAAAUCCGCAGCGAAACACCACUUCUACCUAUCCAACCAAAUAGCACGUACCAUGGUCGUACGCCUACGAUCGAUGCGGCUUGGGAAGGUACCGUCUUCAUUGAAGCUGAAGGUACUAAUGAAGGUCUCGAGGAUCUCCAGGCGCGGUGUGGCAACACCGCACAACUCGUAGCGCCCAAACCUGGUGUGGUGGUUAAGAAGCUGCCCAGCGCAAAAGGCAAGACCAUAUUCCGCAUGGUGCGCGGCAGCAGUCGCCCAGGGGAACUUUGGCUCCGCUGCGUGAGCGAGAAGGAGCGUGUGUUGUAA